GACGAAAAGCUGAAACUCUUUCGCUUCUGUAGGGUACGAACCUUUAAAAUAACGGGGAGAGAAGACGGUUAAACCAAAACAAACCGCCAUCCGAAAUGUUUCCUCAGAAUCGACCUCCGGCACCUCUUCAGCCACCCCCGGGGUCCUCAGCAUCAGCAGCAGCCGCAGCCGCAGCCGCGGCUGCAGCCUCAGGGACUGCGCAGUCCCUGAAACUCACCUACCCAGAAACCCUGGACCGCAUCAAAGAGGAGUUCCAGUUCCUUCAGACCCAGUACCACAGUCUGAAGUUGGAGUGUGAGAAACUGGCCACAGAGAAGACUGAAAUCCAAAGACAUUAUGUCAUGUAUUAUGAGAUGUCAUAUGGCCUGAACAUCGAGAUGCAUAAACAGACGGAGAUUGCUAAACGGCUGAACGUGAUCUGUGCUCAGCUCAUCCCAUUCUUGUCACAGGAGCACCAGCAGCAGGUGGUCCAGGCGAUGGAGCGCGCGAAGCAGGUGACUAUGGGAGAACUGAAUGCUUCCAUAGGGGUACGUGGACUCCCCCCUCUGCCUCCCCCACAACAGCUGCAGGCACAGCAUCUUUCCCAGCACGGAGCUCAGGGUCUCCCCGUGGCCCCCCACCCCUCCGGACUGCCUCACCCCGGCCUGGCCCUCGGAGGCGGCUCGGGGCUGCUGGCCCUGUCCGGGGCCCUGGGGGCACAGCUAGCUGCCAAAGACGAGAGGGCCCAUCUGGAGGCGGCGGCCGCGGCGGCCGCCGCCGCAGCGGAGCACCACAGAGGUACGUGCAUGGACCACGCACGCUCGCGCUUGCCGCCUGUUCUGUAUGCAGAUCGUGAGGCAGGACCGAGCUCUCUGUCUAAUGGUGAUAAAGGCAGGCCAGACUACCUCAGUAACGGGAAGAAGAGAAAAGCAGACGAGAAGGAGUUCAUGACAGACUAUGGCAGCGAUGCAGACAAAAGUGAUGAUAAUUUGGUGGUAGAUGAGGACCCCUCCUCUCCGCGCAGCGUGCAGUCUUACUCCUCCAGGGAGAAUGGACUGGAUAAAUUACCCCCCUCCCGUAAAGAUGUCCCCCCCCAGGCCAGUCCCACUUCACUGGCCUCAUCCAGCAGUGCAGCGUCCCCCUCACGCAGUAAAGAGCCUCCAACGAGAGAGAAAUCCAGCACCCCAGUAUUAAAGCCAGGAACGCCCAUGUCCCAAGACUCUUCCACCCCAGGGCCAAGUGGUCCCCCUCAGUUUCGUCCCAUCCCUGGGAAACCGGGUGUGGAUCCCCUUGCUCUGGGUCUGAGGAACCCGUUGGCGGUACAGGGGGCGUACCCCCCAGGGGCGUUUGGUCUGCCCCCUCCCGGGGUGAACGGGGAGCUGGCCGGAGCGGCAGCCGCAGCGGCAGGUUACGGGGCGGGGCUCCACCUGGUCUCUCCUCAGAUCAACGGAUCUGCUGCCGCUGCAGCUGCCGCGGCCGCCGCUGGUUACGGACGGUCACCUGUGGUGGGAUAUGAAUCACCCCACCCUCACAUGAGAGUUCCAGGAUUGCCUGCCAGUCUCCAGGCGGCCGCAUCAGGAAAGCCUGCGUACUCGUUCCACGUGAGUGCGGACGGACAGAUGCAGCCUGUGCCUUUUCCUCCAGACGCCCUGUUGGGCCCUGGCAUCCCGCGCCACGCCCGACAGAUCCACACGCUCAGUCACGGAGAGGUGGUGUGUGCCGUCACCAUCAGCACCUCCACCCGACACGUCUACACGGGCGGCAAAGGCUGUGUGAAGGUUUGGGACAUCAGCCAACCUGGCAGCAAGAGUCCCAUCGCCCAACUGGACUGCCUGAACAGAGACAACUACAUUCGCUCCUGCAAGCUACUCUCUGAUGGAAGGACGCUGAUCGUCGGGGGCGAGGCCAGCACCCUGUCAAUCUGGGACUUGGCCACACCCACUCCUCGUAUCAAGGCGGAGUUAACGUCGUCUGCGCCUGCCUGCUACGCCCUGGCCAUCAGUCCCGACAACAAAGUUUGUUUCUCCUGCUGUAGUGACGGAAACAUCGUCGUCUGGGAUCUUCAUAACCAGACACUAGUCAGGCAGUUUCAGGGCCACACAGACGGGGCGAGCUGUAUCGACAUCUCCAACGACGGGACCAAACUGUGGACGGGGGGGUUGGACAACACCGUUCGCUGCUGGGACCUGAGGGAGGGCAGACAGCUACAGCAACACGACUUCACCUCACAGAUCUUCUCUUUGGGCUACUGUCCUACAGGAGAGUGGCUGGCUGUGGGGAUGGAGAGCAGUAAUGUGGAAGUUCUCCACGUCUCCAAACCCGACAAAUACCAGCUCCACCUCCACGAGAGCUGCGUUCUCUCGCUCAAGUUCGCUUACUGUGGUAAAUGGUUUGUGAGCACGGGGAAGGAUAAUCUACUGAAUGCAUGGAGGACUCCCUAUGGCUCAAGCAUAUUCCAGUCGAAGGAAUCAUCGUCAGUGUUAAGCUGUGACAUUUCUCCGGAUGACCAGUUCAUCGUCACUGGCUCAGGGGACAAGAAGGCCACUGUCUAUGAAGUCAUGUACUAAACUGAGAGCUGAUUGGACAAAAGAGACAGUUACCAGGUCAACCUGAUUUGCCAUUGGCUAAGGAGCGAGAGAACGGGUGUGGCAUGAACUCUGAGACAGAAAGACGCUUGUUCGUUCUUUGUUU